AUGGCCACAACCGCGCCAUCAUCCAUCCUCCCCAAAAUCCUCGACCUGACCGACCUCGAACUUGCCAUCCUCCUCUGCCUCCUCACCCGCGAACACGGCAUCAUCACCACGCCCUCCUCCUCCCUCUCCCUCCUAACCACCGAGCUCAGCCUCGUCGCAACGCGCACCUUCAACCUAACCUGCUCCAUAAUCAACUGCACGCCCACCACCACCCUCGACGACUUCGCAUCCGCCCUCCUCCUCCCGCAACAACCCGCACAAACCCUCCAAAGACCAGACUACUUUGUCCACAGCCCCCAGCGAAGCGUCCACGCGUCCCCUCUCCCGCCGCCAUCCCAAAUCGCAAACUGCAUCCUCGCCAAAAACCUCAACCUCGCUCCGAAAACCGUCCAGAUCCAGGCCCUCGAGCUGCUUCGCACCCGCCGCAUCUUCACACGGACGGCUGUGCAAACUGCCCCCAAGCAAUUCAUCUUCAUACCUGUGCUAGAGGCAGAUAGCCCGGGGAGAGGAGAGAGGGUGACACCUCACUUGAACGACUUCUUUUCCCUGGCGCAUUGGCACGACCCGGAAGAUGGGUUCGUGAAUAUCGAUGAGGAUGAGGAGGCGGAGACGGGGUCGACAGAUAGUGUGGUUCGACGGGAUGGUUCCGCGUUGAUACCAGAAAGUGAAAUAAGCCAUCUUGCGCAGCUCAGCCAGCGGGUACAAGUAGAUGUUGAAAUCACCCGGUACCAAAUGAAUAUCGUGUCGUUUUUACGCAUGCACCGUGCCGUGGCAGAUGGCAUAACGCCCAAUGCCACAAAACAUCUCGACAAAUUGAUGCGGUGUCUGGCUCCUUUGCACGGACUAGACUUUGUCACGCCGGCGCUGGUGGGUGUUGCUGCGAAAAAGGUCUAUCUGCAUAGGAUAAGGAUCACUACGCCAGAGAAUGAGAGGAGUAUGCAAUGGGGAAGCAAGUUAGAAGCCGUGGCAGCUAUACUAGAAGACAUGGGACCAGAGGAAGUAGUCGAUGAUGUUUUGGGAAUGGUUACGGCGCCGAUAUAG